UAGUCAGCAUAGAAGAACUUUUAUUUCCUUUAAUUUUAGCCCUUAAAGCUUUAGCUAAAGGCCAUAUUAUAGAGAAUUGACACCUGCAAAUAGCAUGAAGGAUCAUAAUUUAGCAUUUCAAAGGUCCCAAAUUCUUGCCAAAGUAAAUGGAUUUGCAGACACAAAGUUUGAAAAGUAUAAAAUCAACAGUAUUGUCAAUUAUGGACAGAGGCUUGCUAGUACUCCAAAUCAAAGUGUAGUUAUGAAAAUUACAUGUAUGAGAGCUCAGAAGAUAUCAAAACCUAUAAAAUUUAAUAAACAUCUACUUCGAUCCACUAAUCACUCCAACCUCACUAUAACCCGACCAUCAACAGAUUGGAAAAACCCUGGUUCAACCAAGAUGCGACCAAUCUCCACCACAUACAAUUCUCCAAAGUACCUAAACCUCUCUCCAAAGCAAAAUUUAACCCUCGAAAACCCCAAAAACACCCACACCACCACUAAAAGAUCUCUUAGCCCUGACUUUGGAAUCCAUCUUUUUCCCAUCAAGAAAAACACCAUGUGCAUCCAUAACCGCCACAGGACCCUCUCCACUACAAAAAUGUUCAUAAAAUCCAUCCAGCACAACAUUUCCAGACUAAAAAGAAACAGGGAGUUCUGGAAGCCCACAAUAAAAAUCUGUAAAUAAAGCAGUCAAAAAAAAACGUACUGUCCCAGCCAAGCCUCGUAAGAAACCAGACAAGAUCUUCACUGAAGAAGAAGUUUUGAACUUACCUUUCAACGAGACUAGGGCCAAGCUUGAAGGGGAGAUUUUGAGGAAGAACUUUAAGAAUUGGGAUGACCAGAACUCGGUCAGGAUUCAGAAGGUCUUUAGAGGGUACAUGAUGCGCAAAUAUUAUUUUAAGAGAAUGCAAGAGAGGAUGAUAAGGAAUUUCAGAGAGGAUAAAUGAGCCAGAGUGAUACAAAGAGAAUGGAAAAUAUUUAAUUUUCAGAGGCAAAUGAAGAGAGAUGCUAAAGAGAGAAGAGAUAUAGCUUGUACUAGGAUUCAGAAGUUUAUGAGAGGCUUCAGUGUCUUUAACUCUUGUGGAGCACAAAGAACAAUGGCAAGUAUGGCAGCUCUCCAGAAAUCACUUCGCUCAACCUCUAGGAGAAAUCGAGCAGCAAAGAUUAUUCAAAAGAGAUUUAGGAAAAUCCGUUCAAGAAUGCGUAAAAAGAAUAAUAAAUCUUUACUUGAACAGCAGAGAUUAGAAGAAAGGCUAGCUGCUCUUAAGAAGCCAAAAUCAGACGGUAGAAUCAAGAUAGUUAACCGAGGAGGUACCAUCAUCAGAAUUGAUGUCGAUGAGGAAAGAAGGAGAAUUCUUAAGAGAAAGGAGAGGUUAAGAAUAAACUCUAAAAAGAACAAGAAAAAGAAGCAUGACUAAUUCAAUUUAUUCAUUAA